CGCGAACCAUGUACAGAGAAGGAGACUAGAGGCAUCGCAGAGCUCAAAACAGGACAAGCCACUGGCGAUUCCCACGAGGACACUUUAAGAGUUUGCUAAUACCCAUUUGUUCCUUCUCCUUCCUCGGUAACACCUUUUGUUUUGUCCUCAACCUUUGGAAAUCCUCGCACGUCAUUCUUGUCCCAACAUACUAGCUCGUACUUCAUAGGCUGUCUUCAUUCCAUAAAUAUACAUUGUGCAUUCGCACAUUAAACCAACCCCAAGCAAGAGAUUAGCAAAAAGAGCCUCGAGGAGUUUGGGAUUCCGGGAAGUCUUUCUUCGGCAAUCAAUCCAUCAUGGUGGAGCCUGCGUUCCCGACGGUCGAUCAGUGCGCUUCGAUCGGUCGUGAGAAGCACACCGUGGUGGCCGACCUGGACGGGACCCUGCUCCGCGGCCGGAGCUCCUUCCCAUACUUCGCCCUUGUCGCCUUCGAGAUCGGCGGGGCCCUGAGGCUCCUCUUCCUGCUCCUGGCCUCCCCACUCGCGGCCCUCCUCUACUACUUCGUGUCCGAGUCUGCAGGGAUCCAGGUCCUCAUCUUCGCGGCGUUCGCCGGGAUGAGGGUGGCCGACAUUGAGUCCGUGGCCUGCGCCGUGCUGCCCAAGUUCUAUGCCAGCGACCUCCACCCGGAGUCGUGGCGGGUGUUCUCCGCCUGCGGGAGGCGGUGCGUCCUGACCGCAAACCCGAGGAUCAUGGUCGAGCCGUUCCUCCAGGACUUCUUGGGGGCUGACAUGGUGUUGGGGACCGAGAUAAGGACCUACAAGGGGAGGGCCACGGGGUUCGUGAGCCAGCCGGGGGUGAUUGUAGGGAAGAAGAAGGCGGCUGCGCUUCAAAAAGCAUUUGGGGACGAGCAACCACAGAUCGGCCUCGGCGACCGGCGCACCGAUGCCCCCUUCAUGGCCUUGUGCAAGGAACGAUUCAUCGUGCCACCCAAGCCGGAGGUCAAGGCUGUGACGAUUGACAAGCUUCCGAAGCCGAUCAUAUUCCACGACGGGCGGCUCGUCCAGAAGCCAACCCCUCUUCUGGCCCUCCUGACCAUCCUCUGGAUCCCCAUCGCCUUCCCCCUCGCCUGUCUGAGGAUUGCCGCCGGGUCGCUCCUCCCAAUGCCCCUCGUCUAUUACGCGUUCUGGGCACUCGGCGUCCGCGUCACUGUCAAGGGCACGCCUCCACCGCCGGCCCAAAAGUCCAUCGGCCAGUCAGGCGUGCUCUUCAUCUGCUCCCACAGGACGCUCCUUGACCCAAUCUUCCUCUCCACGGCACUCGGCCGCCCAAUCCCCGCGGUCACCUACUCCGUGUCCAGGCUCUCUGAGGUCAUCUCGCCCAUCAAGACCGUCAGGCUGAGCCGGGACCGGGCCACCGACGCGGCCAUGAUCAAGAAACUCCUGGAGGCAGGCGACCUGGCAAUAUGCCCCGAGGGGACCACCUGCCGCGAGCCGUUCCUUCUCAGGUUCUCAGCUUUGUUUGCCGAAUUGACCGACCAGCUGGUGCCAGUGGCAAUGGUGAACCGGAUGAGCAUGUUCCACGGGACGACCGCUCGUGGAUGGAAAGGGAUGGACCCGUUCUACUUCUUCAUGAACCCGAGCCCGGCCUAUGAGGUGACGUUCCUGAACAAGUUGCCAAUCGACCUGACCUGCACGGCUGGGAAGACUAGCCAUGAAGUGGCCAAUUACAUACAGAGGACGAUCGCGGCGACGCUGUCGUACGAGUGCACCAACUUCACCCGGAAGGACAAGUACGCGCGCUCGCCCGGCAACGACGGGACGGUCGCUCAUAAACCGAAGCUUUCGGCGAACAAAGUCAUGGGGUGUUGACUUAUUUCCCCGCUAGAGAUCUCAUUUCUGACAUCAAAGAGCAAGCAAGGAAACCGAAGCAUACGAGCUUUAACUGUUAUUUCUUGUUCGAAGUCUCGAUUACGGUUUGAAAUAAAUGUUAGGGAGAAAUCUCCAAGGCAUUCUUA